CGCCGUCAACGUCGUGGUACGGGGUGGUGCGUACAUAUACGCGUGUGUCUUGUUCAUGUGUGAUCGGAUCUUCGACUUCGUGGUCGUUCUCGCUUUUUCUUCGUGGAAAAGCGUAAAGAAUAGAAGCACGGUGUUUUCGUGUUGUUGAAAAGGGAAACAACUGACAGCCAUGGAGGCCUGGAUGUACGAUGUGGUGUGUAUGAUGUCCGGUGCCGGCAUAGAAAAUAUGAUCGGGAACAAUAGAACUAUGGCAAAUAUCAAGCAAGAAGUCGAGAAUCCUACGACACCUACGCAAAACUAUCAAGUUUGUUCACCGACCACCACUCUUCAACAUCAAGAGGUGAUCUGCGGUAAAAUGGAGGUGCCACCCGAUUACGGCGGGGGUGGAGGUAGCCCCGGUAGCCCGGAAAUGCAUCACUGUUCGUCCACUACGCAGCCCUUAGGAACACCCGAGGAAGGUGUUAAAGAAGAGGACAUGAUACCAAGAAGGCUGUGCCUUGUUUGCGGGGACGUUGCGAGUGGGUUUCAUUAUGGGGUUGCGUCUUGCGAAGCGUGUAAGGCUUUCUUCAAAAGAACCAUACAAGGUAACAUCGAGUACACGUGUCCGGCAAACGGUGAGUGCGAGAUAAACAAGCGCAGAAGGAAAGCGUGUCAAGCUUGUAGGUUUCAAAAGUGCCUUCGACAAGGCAUGUUGAAAGAGGGAGUCCGAUUGGAUCGUGUACGAGGAGGUAGACAAAAGUACAGAAGAUCCACUGAUCCUUACACACCGGUGAAGACAGCCCCGUUGGAAGCAAACGUAGGAACAGGAGCUUCUAACGAAAUAAUAAAUAAUAAAAUGCUGGAGGCACUGGCUGCCUGUGAGCCUGAUAUGCUGCAAGUGUCCAAUCUCUCUCAGACUCUUGAUACGGAUCAGAGAGUGCUCGGACAAUUGUCCGAUUUGUACGAUCGGGAAUUAGUUGGAAUAAUCGGUUGGGCAAAGCAGAUCCCUGGAUUCAGCGGUUUAGCGUUGAACGAUCAGAUGCGACUUUUGCAAAGCACGUGGGCCGAGAUCUUGACGUUUAGUUUAGCGUGGAGAAGUAUGCCUAAUAAUGGUAGAUUAAGGUUUGCCCAAGACUUCACCCUGGACGAGAGACUCGCACGCGAAUGUCAUUGUACGGAGCUAUAUACGCACUGUAUUCAAAUCGUUGAGAGGCUACAACGGUUAGGUUUGACCAGGGAAGAAUAUUACAUGUUGAAAGCGUUGAUACUGGCGAAUAGUGAUGCAAGAUCGGACGAGCCGCAAACGCUUUAUCGCUUUCGCGAUACUAUCUUGAACUCCCUUUCGGAUUGCGUGGCAGCAAUAAGACCCGGACAAGCGUUACGCGCCACACAAAACAUGUUCCUAGUGUUGCCAAGUCUCAGGCAGGUCGAUGGAAUUGUUAGGAGAUUUUGGUCGAGUGUCUAUCGAACGGGUAAAGUACCGAUGAACAAGUUAUUUGUAGAAAUGCUGGAAGCCGCUUAUUAUCGAUGAAACAUCGAAUCGAACUUAAUUUACAAUGAUACGUGUACCGAAGGACACCGAUGGAAUUCGUUGUUACCGGUUCGAGGUAACCAACAGCAUCGUUUAUGCUCUGUAUACACGUUGGCAGUGAGAAAAUAAGAGUACAGGAGAUACGUUUUUCCUUCUCGACAGUUCUUAGACGUGUAAGCGAGAGACCGAGUGAGUGUCAAGUGAAACGAGAACGGAUACGUUGUGCAGUUCUAUUCGUUUUCUUUAAAGGAACAGCAGACUCGAAAAUACAAAGUAGCAAAUGAAAAAAGAGAAGGGCUUUAUUUUUUCGAAUGUGCGACAGUGUGUUGGAGCGUGGAGCUUAAUGGCCAGUGAUUCCAGCAAUCGUCGAAACUCGCAAAUACAACAUCAUAUACGAUAGCAAGCACACCGUUUCGUCGACACAACUAAACUUUCCUUUUCGAGUACCCCUUUUACAGGUACAGAGAAAACAAAAAACGGAAAAAAAAAAAAAAGAAA